AUGCAAUCGACUGUCUACGAUAUGAUGUUGGGCCAAUGGAUUCGUGGCUCCCUUCAGGAUCCCUCUCAAGUAUACAGCACCGCCGUUUCCAGUAUCAUCCAAGCAAUCGACUCGAUGGCAAAGGCCAAGAAGCUAGGUCAGGAAGAGAAAGACGCUGAGGAGCAGGAGAUUGAAAAGAAGCGGAAGAACUUCAUCGUGAUGAUUAUUAGCGUGGUUCUUGUUGUCGUCCCUUUUGUCGGUGAAGAGGCUGCUGCUGCCGCCGGUAUGGCUACACUUGCACGCAGUAUUGCUGUGGCAUGUGAGGCUGCUAACACCGGACUUGCCUUGUACGAUACAGUGCAGGACCCGAAGUCUGCUUUGAUCAAUGUGAUUGGCAGUGCUCUUAGGGUUGGUUCAAUUACUAAGGCUGAACUUAGCAGCAAAGGCCUUUCCGAUGUCGCCAAAAUUCGAGCGCAAAUGAAGGCAUCUGAUAUUGCGAAUAUGGGAGAUUUGUUCAAGGCAGACGACGACACAUUACAGAGUAUUCUGAAGGGUUGCAGACUGACUUAG